UCUCUCUAUAUCCUUGACCACGCUCUCUCAUAGCUCCCGACCUACCUUUUCCCUCUGUCCUACUCUCUCCGCUAUCUCUAUCCUUCUAUCUCUCUUCUUUACCUCUGAUCACGGUGGACCGCUCGCGUUCGGCUUGCUCUGCUUGGCCUGCCAAUUCACCUUUCCCUCUCAUCACAGCUCAGGCUUGCGUUGAUCAGUCCAGUUCACUCACUCUUCAUUCCUAUCCAAUUCCUACGAAUCGCGACCGUUAUCACACGCAAAAGCGCCUUCACGUUGCCUGAAAGAACCCACGAUACCCAGAAGUCGAGCUUGAAGACCAUCCUUUCACGGUUUAGGCUACUUCGCCCCGAGACUGAGCGAGCUCUCCCCCAUCAUCAUGGCUACGGAGAAGCCCAGGAAGCUUUCGGCAGCAGCCUUGAAUUAUCUCAUACACCACGCUGUUCUCCCACCCAAAUUACCGCAAGGGAGUGAUCGCUCAGAGAAUGAGCAUGAGCAAGCGUUAUUUGACGUUCUCCUCCAAGCUCUUAGCACGUUUCGCGGACAUCUGGAUUCUCCGCAAGACCAACUUCAGAUUCACUCUACAUACAACAUGGUCCGGAGUUGCAAAAGCCUCCGAGAGGGUAGCGGAAAUGUAAACGAAGCACGUUUACGGCUUGCCAUUACCCAACUGAAGUCUGACAACGAUAUCCAUCUAAUACCGAUAGAGGUGAAAUCCCAAAACGCUGGAUUGCUUGUUCGGCGGUACGCCGAUACUAUCGAGUUCCACACGUUUGAGCUCUCACCAGCGGACAAGGCCGUGACAAGUACUUCGGGACGCCUGCGCCGGUCAUUUCCGGCGCGAGCUUCUCAAGUCUCACUAAAUCAAAUUUGUGACCCUGAUCUAGCAGCCGCACUUGCACAUACGGUAUCCACGCUCUGCUCUCAAUUCGUUCCAUCCCUUACAUGGAAAGCCGAGUUGACUGGGGACCAGCCUGAAAAGGACAUGGAUAUCAAUCGUUCUGGUCUCGUGACACACUACCACUCCGCACUCAUUUCAGCUCUCGGUAAACCAGUCGAAUCGUCUUUGAUCUGGAAGAACACGCACCAGGAAGUAUUGUCACUCGAUUCUAGGAGCACUUGGCGGCGUUCAUCGCUCUAUCUUCUUCUACGUGUUUCAAUGCAAUUGAACCUAUCCAUUUUCUCCAUCAGAUCCGGUGGUAGCGCCUUAUACAAACCCGUCACAUGUUUCUUUCUUUCUAAAACACUUCGUCUUGCGCUUGACCCAAAGAAUAGUGUAGACUGCGAGGUUAUCUACGCUGUUCUAAUGAAGCUGUCGCGGCGCCUUCAAAAGCUCUUACCAUCAUUUUUGGCGGCACAACAGUACUUGGACAAGAAGUGGCAGUCUAUCAGACGCGAUUGUUCACUAAGCAUCGACAUCUUGUCCUUGCGGGAUCUCAGGCCUCACAAAGAUGUCUUAGUAAAUCUGCCCGAUCUCGAGAGGUUCAUCGGAUCUCUGGAUCUAGGAAAAGGAACGGCAAACAUUGCAAGUUUUCAUCCACCUACUAGUUUGGUCCAAUUUGCUGCAUGCCAGCUACCCUCGAAUAUCGAUGCGAGUAGCGACUCUCUAUACUUCAAUCUAGCGGCCGUGGAGAUGUGGGUAGAACGCGAGCUUUGCUCGUGGAUUCAGAGUAAUUGGGGAGCCACGGAUACUUGCCGUCGGCUGUUUGAUCUCACACUGCGUUAUUUUACAUUAUGUCAGAAGGCCUACGCCAGCAAUCCCAGCUCACUUUCCAUUAUGUACUUGACCAUCUUAGACCUAUGGAUCGCGAUAGAUAAAUCGGCCUGCCAUCUCUACCCAUUACUCGAAAAAUAUACUCCGGAAAUACCACUGGAACCCCUUCGGGCGCUGCUCCUGCCUUUAAAGCAACAAUUGCACAGGCUUGCAUACGCGGAGGUAUAUAUCAAAACCCGAAUCAAAGUUGGUCGCCCCCGUUACCAGCCUUGGCGCAACUUCGGUCAACGUGCUUCUUGCUUCGCUGCCCAAUACUUCGAAGAAUCGGUCGAGCUUCAAUCUCUGUACGGGAGUAUCCUUGAAGAUGAAAACAGGCAAAGAGAAGCAAAAGUUAUUGAGCUGGUUUCUAAACAAGAGGAAUACCGAGCGCUCAUCUUAGAAUACGAAUGCAUGGAUUGUACAUAUACAAAGGAGGAGCGUUUUGAACCUACGACGUCGGAGUAUAUCACAGAACGCGGACACGACCCGUCUUGCGAGAAAUGUCGAUGCAAGGCAAAGGCCGAUGACAUAACGAUAGAGUUUUUUGAAGCGCCCUUACCCUCCAAUGAAACAAAGGCCAAAUGUGUCAUUUUCGAAAUGCAAGUGCCCGAGGCAUUUCAGGCAUGGCGUUCAGCAACUGUCUUCCUCCACCGCGAUGUUUUGGGGUACAACUACAAGGCUGGCACCAAUUGCAAAUCGCCUUGCACUCUACAUAGCGACCCGUCCUUGUCACGAUUCGUCACCUUUGAAGUGUACUCCAACGACCGGAUCGUUCUUGCAUCGGCUACUAGGCCUCGAUCAGCGUCUCAAGAAGGAAACAAGGCAAGCGGCGACAGUAUCCUAAGCCUAUCUAAAGAGGAUAUCUGCUUCGAGAGUGGUCUUGAAUAUGAAUACUUUGACAGCAAAGACCAGGUUUUUACGGUUGAUUACAAUUCUACUGAUCAUCUGUCGGAUCAGUGUUUGUAUCAGCUCCCACAUCGUUCCAUUCAAUUACAGCAAUUCCUGGCAAGAACAUCAUCUAAUCCUGAUGGAGUCCCCCCUAACAAUGUGAUUGCCACUCAGUCCAAGACCCUAGAGCACAUAUUACCCGACGAGUAUCGUGCUUUUGGGACAAUUCCGCUUGGUGGAAACCUUCAAUACAGUAACAUUCUUACUCAAUUAUCAAUGCCAGCGCUGGAUUUUGCGAAAGAAGAAGCUCAAUUGCUUAUCAUGCAGACGAUUCAUCAAGCCGGAUGCCCGUCUAUGCAAGACUCACCUGAACGGAUCAAUCAUCUCCAGCUUACUGAUAGAAGAUGCGCACUUGAUCAGGUGAAGGAAAAUUGGGAAUCCUGGAGAUCGGUCGCAAGCUUUGUACAGCUCACCAACCGACUUAUUUCCUGUUGUGAUUCAGCAGAAGUCAUGCAAAGUUGCUUGACAUUCCUCAGAGAAGGAUCCCUAUCAACGCCUAUCGAUGAGGAAGAAUCCAAAACUUUCAUGAAAUUGAUUGAAAUUGGUUUGGUCGGUACAAGUACAUUUGAUAUCGGCCAACCUGAGCUCAAGACCGUACUUUUCGACCCCGCAGAAUGCGCCAUAUUUCUGCAAUGCUCCAUGACCAUCCAGCGAAACAAGGCAUCAAAAUCAAGCUGCAGCUCUGCUCUCCAUGAUAUAAUGAUUCAGUCUUGGCAGAAACUUAUGUUCCGUGCCUUGCCGAUUGCACAGAAUGUGUGCUGCAGCACGACAGCCUUAGAUUCAGCGAUUUCUGUAACGUGGCAUCAGUUUUCCGCGAAAGGUACGUGGAAGGUACUGAGUAGCCAACAACAACACUGGCUGUCUAAUACGGCUUCUACAAGCUUUGGUUCUUCUACAACAGUCCUAAUUCAUUUCAAUCUUUUGACAGCCGAGCUACUCGUGAAUGGUGUUCCCUUCUCGAAGCUGCCCGUAGAUUAUAGGACACACCCGACAUAUAAACUGCUAUUCAACAGUACCUCUCUCGAUGUGGUCCCUUCCAUAUCUCCGGAGUUUAGCUUUUCUACGAUCCGGUCGUAUCACGACUACCAAAUCCAUUUCGAGAAAGAAGGGUCAAGUCUCUCCAUGAAGUUGGAGAUCGAGAAUCGAAGCUUUCAUCUUCUACCCUCUCGGCUGUUUCACCAGAACUUUCCAAAUACAUUUCUCACGAACUAUAUUCAUUGGUACGAUAAGCAGGCCAAUGUAGUAUAUUUCUGUCACCGUGAUUCCCCUUGGCCGAGCGAGCAAUCGAGGAGUUGGUGUUUAAACAAGCUUGAUUCACAGUGGAGCCUAUCAAAGGCAGGCAGAAAGAUGCUUGCACACACGUCUGAUACGACCCGUCGGUUGUGCAAUCUGCUCUCCGGAUUUGAGGAAAAGUCACAUAUACACACUUUGUUCAAUGCCGAUACACACACUAUCGAUGUCGAGCUGCCCAGACUACAGCUUUCCUUCUUCUACCGUGGAUUGGCCGUCGACCCUUGUCAGAGACUGGAAACUUUAGUAGGACUUACUACGAAGUUGGUAUUGAAGGAGGGCACGGUAACAUACUCAAGAACCGAUUCUCAUGUUUCUGUGUCCAUUACUCUUGGUCCAGGGGGCCACACUCACGCGUAUCACGUUGAUGAGAGCAUUGGUCGUUUACUGGACGACGGCAGUUUGCAUAGUAAGAUCUAUCUAUGCUAUCUACAUGCCUUGACAUCAUAUUGUCUCCCUGAUCCAUUGACCGGGCAUACUGGCACCGAGGCGGCCUUGGAAAUAUUACGCUCAGGAUCGGUACGAUCAUUCGAGCGGCUUUCACGAUCAAAGACAACGCAUAUGCAGAAAAUUAUAUGGGACGAAAACCUUCCAUGUCUUUCUCAAAACUCUCUAUUCUACACCCAUGUGUCGACAAUUCUUAAUAUUGAGAGACAACGGCGGUCACUUUGUCAACAAGCGACGUCUGGGGAGAUCCCCUCUUUGAAAUUCGCUCAAAAGGACCUAAUACAACGAGACCUAUGGCGUACAGCCAUGUUCCAUGUUUACGCCUCUAGUGAGGAACAACGUUCAUUUAGCGCAGACACCUUCUAUGAUGGAAGCCAGACCGAUGGGAACAUCCGAAGUGAGGAAAGAUCGUACCAUGCCGCAAGUCUCAUUCUGGGUGAGAAGUGUGGUUCCGACAGAAAGCUAUCUACUGAAGCUCGAGCCGAUUUCAUCAGCAGAUAUUUCAACGAUGCUACCAUACAAGGACAUAAACGCAGUAUAAACAGUUCCGAGUUAAGGUACGAUGCGAGAUGGCUGGAAGACAUCACGGAGUGGAUCAGAAUGAAUUGCUUCAAUAAAUAUGGUAUGGCCAUGUGGCUGUCCUCGAUAGCUUUCGGAGUCGAAACAGACGAAGACACAAUUAGGAUCCUAGCACUGCUCUAUAGAUCAUCACGUAUACAGGCCAUCAAAGUUCCCCGGGCAGCGAAGUUCGAGAUGCCUAAGGGUACUGAAGCAGACCUCGACACACUAGUGUCACAUCUCAAGGGUGCUGCGGAACCAUUUUCAGAAGCUCGAUGGCCAGUUAGACGGAAACCGCAUGAAGUAGAGAAAAAUUAUCGGAAGCGUCGGACCAGGCUAUAUCGAAAUGCACAGAAUAGAUCUAUUGCUGCGCUGGCAGAGUUCUUCCUGGCGCUAUGGCCAAGCCCGAGUGUACAAAUUCCUGCUGAACAUGAAGCAAGGAAAUUCUUGGAUGCCAACAGAGCUAUCCUGAUCGUGCAAAGCCUGUUCCAGAAAUGGUCGGACAACAGCCGCCUGUCACAAUAUUUGGAUGAUGUUCUUACCGCUGCUGAGGAGGAGCCUGUCAUCGAAUUGCGAUCAUUUGACGUACCCAAAUCGCCCAAUAAAUCAGUACUCACAGAUCAGACACGCCGUAUUUGUGUGGCUGACAUCUUCCGGAGUGAUCCUUGCGAACUUGAGUUACCACCCCAAUUACGCAAGGUUGGUAUGAAAUACCACAAUGACAGUGUUGAGCUGCAUGUGCAGAAGCACUUCUCAUCGCUUUGUAAAGCUCUGGAAGUUCGUGCCGAAUCGGACUCCGAACGAGAGUUCGUAUCCUGUCUAGUUCAAGGGUUCACGAGUCUACACAAUAAUCGCUAUGAGAUUGCUCAUAUGAGCUCAUCAGAUAUCGAGUCCAUGCUUCGUCGUUAUCUUAAUGACUGUGAGAGAUACACCACUCACCUGUACAAUGAUAUGGCACGGACCGUUUCUUGCUCCCUUCAUUCUAAGGCUUAUUUCCUGGGUCUUCAGUCCACCUGGACACCUACGAAAUUGAGUGAACUAUACAGACCGUUGCUACCUCGUAUUUCUCCAGCGUUAUUCUUAAGACAGCUAAACAGGGAUAACUGGCACCGGUUAUCCAAAAAUUGGCAGUCAGUCAUUGUGCAGUAUGGCCUUGCCCUUACUGAAUACAAUCGUGCAGUAAGGAUGCUAGGUUUAGUUCGUGACCCGGUGGAUCUAGUUCAGGAGCUUCGAAACCCCGGCCAUGAGAAUUGGAAUCCAAUGAAACAACCGGAAAAUCUACUCCUCGAGGUGGAGAGCGGUAUCACGAUAAGACCCGUUCAGGAGGAGAUCGCGAUGCACAUGAGAGAACCCGAGACCGGACAAAAUACAAUCAUGCAAUUGAACAUGGGCGAAGGUAAAUCUUCUGUAAUUACCCCGCUCGUUGCACUUUCCGUGGCAGAUGGUACCAAGCUAGCAAGGGUGGUGGUCGCAAGACCGCAAUCCAAACAAAUGUUCGAGAUGUUGGUAUGCAAAGUCGGUGGUCUUUUGAACCGACGCGUAUACCACACGUCGUUUUCAAGGGCUCUGAAGCUUGACAAGGGUCAAGUUCGUCUGGUCCAGGAGAUACUACAAGACUGCAUUGAGAAUCGCGGCAUACUUCUCAUGCAGCCUGAACAUAUUCUCUCAUUCAAGCUGAUGGGUCUCGAGUGUCUGCUCAGCGAUAAAACGGAGAUUGGAGAAGCGCUAAUUGGCGUACAGCAUUUCCUAAACGAACAAUCUCGUGACAUUGUUGAUGAGAGUGACGAAAACUUUGGCGUUUACUUUGAGCUGAUAUAUACGGUCGGCGCGCCUGCGCCAAUAGAGUUCAGUCCCGAGCGAUGGUCCGUUCUUCAGGAAGUCAUGACCAUGGUCGCUGCAUGCGCUCACGAGGUCAAAAUGACAUUACCUUUGUCAAUAGAUGUGGACAGUCGACACAUUGAGAGAUUUCCGCAUAUCAGAAUUUUGAAGCAAGAUGCAAACUACAUGCUUAUGAAGAAAGUAGCAGUCAGGAUUCGCACCACAAACUUCACCGGGCUUCAUAUCACCCGACAAUCGGAAGCAGUGAGGAAUGCAGUCUAUAAUUACAUCACCGAACAAGAUGUCAGCGAAGAUGACGUCUCAGCUGUAGAGAACGAUGGCAUGUGGACUGAAUCAAUGAGAACAAUACUCCUUCUACUUAGGGGUCUCUUCGCGGGUGGAAUACUCCCGUUUGCUUUGGGAAACAAGCGCUGGAAAGUUCAAUACGGCCUUGACCCGGCUCUAGAUCCUCGAGCAAAAGUCGCUGUCCCAUAUCGCUCCAAGGACAAGCCGUCCCCUCGAUCGGAGUUUAGCCAUCCCGACGUGCUAAUUCUGCUCACAUUGCUAUCCUAUUAUUACGGAGGUCUAGAUGAUAAGAGACUCACUUUGGCUUUUGAACAUCUUUUUAAGUCUGAUCAAGCUGAUAGCGAGUAUGCAGCCUGGAUUGAUGGUGCUACGGCCAACAUGCUGCCGAGAGAGUAUCAUCGUAUAGGCAACAUCAACCUGAGGGACUCCCUCCGGUGUACACGACAAUUGUUCCCGGGACUUCGGUUUUCCAAAGGCGCCAUUGACUACUACUUAAAACAUAUCGUAUUCCCAAAGGAAUUAAAAGAGUAUCCUCACAAAUUGUCCGCGUCGGGAUGGGAUAUUGGCCAAGGGAAGGCCCACCCACUUACCGGGUUCAGCGGCACGAAUGACUCACGCCAUACUCUUCCAUUAAUGAUAAAGUAUCUGGAUAUAGAUCAACAAAAGCAUACGAAUGCUCUCAAUCUAGCAAACCUCUUGCAAGGAACGAAUUCGGUCGCUCUCAUCCCACCAAGGCCAACAAUGGUUCAAUCUGAUGCAGAGCAUCUUCUCGAUUUCAUCACGAGCAUGACACCGGCCGUACGCGUUAUUCUCGAUGUUGGUGCACAAAUACUUGAGCUUGACAACCUUGAGGUUGCGAAGAGAUGGAUUGAAAUGAGCGGGCUGAGCGAUGCUCAAGCCGUAAUCUUCUUCAACGAAAACGACCAACUCUGCGUUUGCGAUCGUCGGGGUAGAGUAGAAGAAUUACAAACUUCUACAUAUGCCCGACACUCUGAGCUUUGUCUUGUCUAUCUCGACGAGGCCCACACGAGAGGCACUGAUCUGAAGCUUCCCAGAAACUACCGCGCGGCAGUUACCUUGGGAGCCGGUCUUACGAAAGACAAGUUAGCACAAGCCUGUAUGAGAAUGAGGAAAUUAGGCAAGGGUCAGUCCGUGGCGUACUGUGUGCCUGAGGAGAUCCGGAUCAAGAUUCUGGAGAAAUUGGACAAAGCUCAAGAGAGCCAAAUAUCAGUGUCAGAUGUGCUCUGCUGGACCAUUCUAGAGACUUGGACGGACCUUCGAAGAAGCAUGCGAUUAUGGGCUGCUCAAGGCCAAAGGUUCUACCAUCAACAAUCUAUUCUCGACGUUGAAACCAUCACCAAGGAAGUAGUUGAGAAACUUCUGGAGAAAGAGGCAGCCUCCUUAGAAUAUCGCUACAAGCCUUUAACCUUGACACAACUACAAGAGCGGCAAUUUGAAGGUUGGGAUUUAGACGAUGACGACAUCUCCAAGAUCGUCAAACGCUGCCGGAAAUUUGGAGCUAUGAAUGUCUCUUUGAUGGACCUUCAAGAAGAACAAGAAAGAGAGUUAUACCCGGAAAUAGAGGCAGAGAGAGAAGUUGAAGAAGUGCUACAGAUUACAGAAGCUAAUCACCGCCUCGAUCGCAAUAUUGGGAACCUCGUCAGAACGGGUAGACUCAAGGCGACUCCAACGAUCAUACCAGCUUUCGAAACCCUCAAAGGAACAAGCAUAGCAAAAGAGUUCAACAUCCCAAAAUUCCCGGGAGGACUGUAUGUCACCUCUGAUUAUGCGCGGACCGUCAAGCUGCCCACAAGAUCCUACUCAGACCUAUAUCACCGCCCCAUCCAAUGGAUCAUCUCCGUUCCAGACCACCACGACACUUCUACGAUCCAAGGGCUUGUCAUCAUCAGCCCAUUCGAAGCAAAUUGUCUCUAUCCGUAUAUCCAAUCCCACGACAAGGUCACGCUCCAUCUGUAUUCGCCACGACAGAACCCAAGCUACCGACCACUGGAUCGUCUCGACCUCUAUAACGUUGGUCGCGAGUUCGAUCCGGACUCCGUGCCACGCAGCAUGACUCUCCAACUCAAUCUCUUCGCCGGGCAACUCUACCUCCGCUCGUACGAAGAGUACGUCGAGCUGUGCGACCAUCUGGGCUUGGCCCAUGCCGCCGCUGAAUACGAUCAAGAACUUUCUCCCGAUGGAUUCAUAACGAAUUCGACAGGGCACUGGGGAUUCACGAAGAGCCCCGUCGGGUUUCUGAAGGGCCUCUUCACGAAGAUUCGCAGGGACUGCCGGGGCAUUGAUAAGUCGCAUAUGGGAUUCAUUCUUGAGGGCGCUCAUUUAGAGGAGGACGAUUUUCCGCCCGUCGAUGAUGUCAAUGUCGAUGACAAUGUCGAGGUGGAGGCCGAGGCCAGGGUAAAAGUUGAGAAUAUGGAUAUUGAUGACGAGGAUUCACUAUUCGUACGUUUGGCUGGGUAAGGACUUGGUUGGGAUUGGUUGGAAUUGGUUCACGGAAUGAUUCACGAAAAGGUUGAACUUGGUUUAAGGAAAUUGGUUGGUUGCUUGGUUCCUUCAACACCUGCAUUAUUCAGCUUCUCUUCUCACCAGAGGACCAUUUUUCCUCAUUUCACCGAGGAGUUUUCAGGACGACGCACAUCAGGCCAUCCCGCCGUCCACAUACUUCAUAGUCACACGAGAGGAUUCCAUAUUUGCACGGGGCUUCUGCUUAUGCUUGCUGCCCCUCAACAGAAUCCCUCUCCUAU